AUGGACCUAAAUAGCAUCAGAGAUGCAUUUGAUCGUGUUACAAAGAAGCAAAAGCUGUCCUCUUCCGAGUCUCAAGAAGUAAUAGAACAGAUCCAUCAAGAAAUUGAACAGGCGUUAUCAAGAUUACAAUCAGUUCAUGGUGAUUCCCACAAAGCUGAUCAUAAGUUGAUUAUUGCUGAACUGAAAACCAAGUUGAAGGAGAUGGCUCCACUCAGCAAGCUGGAAGACACACAGAAGGAAUUGAACAUUGCAUUGAGCAAGUACCCAAAGCUCCUGGAGAAAUCCUUCAAUCCUGAUAUAUCAAAGGCUUACAGAUAUGUUGAUUUUGAUUUUCACACGGUGAACCAGAUAAUUGCCAGCCAUUUCUAUAGAGAGGGCCUGUUUGAUCUUGGUGAUUGUUUCCUAAAUGAGGCUCAGGAAGCAGAAGCUGCUGAAAAGAAAUCUCCUUUCGUGGAAAUGUACCAUAUACUGGAAGCCAUGAAAUCUGUCAACCUAGAACCAGCACUGAACUGGGCUACCACUAACCAUGAGAAACUCGGGCAAAAUGGAUUGGACAUUGAGUUGAAACUUCAUCGUUUGCAGUUUGUAGAAAUUCUACAGAAGAGAGGGAGGGAGGAAGCCCUGAAGUAUGCCAGAACUUUUCUAACACCAUUUGCUACCAAACAUAUGGCUGAAAUCCAAAAGCUUAUGGCCUGCCUACUUUGGGCUGGAAGGCUUGAUUCAUCACCUUAUUCUGACCUACUAUCCCCCACCCAUUGGGACGAAUUGGCCGAGGAGCUAACCCUGCAGUUCUGCAAUCUCUGGGGUCAAUCUUACAAGAGCCCAUUAAGUAUGACAAUUGCAGCAGGAGUCCAAGGGUUGCCAACCUUCUUGAAGCUGAUGAAUGUGAUGAUAUGGAAGAAGCAAGAAUGGCAGUCUAUAAAGCAAUUACCUGUACCAGUGGAUUUAGACAGGGAAUUUCAGUUCCAUUCGCUCUUUGUAUGUCCGGUGAGUCGGGACCAGGCGAGCGAAGAGAAUCCGCCAAUGUUAUUGUCUUGCGGGCAUGUGCUCUGCAAGCAGUCGAUCACAAAGCUGUCAAAGAACAAUAGCACACGGCCUUUUAAGUGUCCUUACUGCCCGUCUGAGGUUGAAGCAGCUCAGUGUAGGCAGUUGCAUUUGUGAUGUAAAUUCAGAC